AUAAUUUACACACUUCAAAAAAAAAAAGCUGCGCGCGCCACCUGUGUGAAGACAGUUUGGCACCCCAACGGCCACUUUGACAGACAGGCAAGGCUAUCCAAUCACCGCAGUCGAAACUCUAAUAACCCGAGCUGAGACGGCAGCCAAUCGCAAACAGGAGUGGGCGGGUUCCAUAGACGUAGUAGCGCAUUGUUAAUAAUAAUGGCGGUGCUGUAGAAAAAUCUGAAACAUAAACGUUCCACACAGAUGCAGGGUUGAGAUCGGAGAGACCCGACCAUGGAGUCUGUUCAUCCCAACCCAGCGCCGAUCCGGUGGGUGGUAUCGGAGAACCGGGAGGUCCGGAUCAAAGAGGAGCCUGUGCCGUGCUGUGACCCUCCCAGAGAGUCGGUCCCGGUGCCACAGUAUGGACUGGUCUACAUGCAGCAGCAGUACAGCAGGGUCCAGACUGAACAGAACCACACUACACAGGACCAAACCUACGUUCAGCAAGGACCGUCUGCCAGCGUCCCUUCAACAUACGCCGAAGGGAUCGAAGACCACAGGGGGUCCCAAAAUCCCGUCAUCAAAGAGGAGGCUUCGGAAACAGAGUGCACCCCCAGGCCGGACCCACCCCACCCCGGGAUCCUCCGAGUGAGCCGGUUCGACCUGGAGAGGGGCUCCACCCGGUUCAGAUUCCUCCGGGCCGUGGUGCGGGAUACGGAGCAGCGGCCCGUCCACAUCAAAGUGGAGGUUUACGAGCCGGGCGGAGACGUCAAGGAAGAGGAAGAGGAGCGGCAGUGCGACUCCGUCAACCAGGAGGAAGAGGCCUGCGCUCUGGAACCCGGGCAGAUCAAGGUGGAAGACCCGGAGCCAGAUUCUGUUCCCGAGACCCGGCGGUCGGUCCGAAUUGGAGAGGAGGCGCCUGAACAAGCUGCGGUCUCCAGCGUGGACAGCGGACAAGCUGCCCUCUCCAGUAUGGACAGUGGACAAGCUGCCCUCUCCAGUAUGGAAAGUGGACAACCUGCUGCUCUCCUUGGUAUUGGCCAUGAACAGUCUGUUCACAAUAUUACUAUUAAAGGGCAAACGUUGGUCUGUAAUUUCGACGACGGACUGACUUCUACCCACAGUGUUGGCGUUGGCUGCACUACUCUCCUCAGUUCGGACAACGGACUCACAGCUAUGCAAAAUACGGGCAGUGGACAAACGGCUGUUCUUGGUAUUGACGGUGGACAGUCUGUUUACAAUAUUGACAGAGGGCCAACGUUGGUCCAUAAUUUUGACAACGGACACACUUCUGUACGCUGUGUGGUCACUGCCACCCCCGGACAACGUUCUUCCCACAGUAAUCAGGCUGUCUCUCCACUAGAAAUGCCCUACAGUCGGGGGGAGGAAACUGUCCCUACUGGCAAGCUGGACGUUGUCCGUGGUGAUGCUGUCGUCACUGAAUCGGAAUCCGUCCUCAAUCAAUACUGUGCCCCUGGACUACAUGCUGUCAGUCUUCAAGACGGCCCUAAUUGUGUCUCACAACUGGCGUCUGCUCGCGUCAAGAAAGACGCCCCGCAAGAGGAAUCUGUCCGCAUAGAAAUGAAGGUCCCUCAAGCUGCAUUUGUCCAAAAGGAAGUCCACACUAAUGAGGAACAUCAACUAGACUCUACCAACACCAACAAAGAUGUCCCGCUUGUGGAAUCUGUCUAUACGGACCAAGAGAAGGUCCCUGACCCAAAAUACAUGCCCCCCAACAAGCUAAACGACGUCAACUCGGACAACAGUCUUCCACCAGUGGAAUCUGUCCACCAUACCGUGUCCACCCCUGAACCAGUUCCUGACUGCAGUGAUGACGUCUCUGCUAUGGACACUGAUCCUGCAGAGAAGGAGGAGGAGGGGGGUGAAAAAGAAGGCUCCCAGAUUUCCGAUGACCCCUCUGAACCUCGGACAGCCCGCUCGGAUGUGAUGACCCCCGACCCCCAUGGGGCAGACGAGACUGAAAUGGAAUCUGGCCUAGAAAACGAUGACCCUGGACCGGACCUGGUCGUUGUUGACAAGAAGGUCCACGAAACCGGAUCCCUCCACCCUAACGAGAAGACCUCCGAAGACAUAAAGUUCCCAGAUCCGAAGACUUUCGGCACCAACGCCCCUGAAAACCAGGAUGGUAAAAUCCUAGAAAAGAGAGAAAAGGCAGCCGGCCGAGAAGAUGACCCUCAACCGCAGUCUCUCCUUCGUAACUCUGAGACCCCCGAAGUGAAAUCCGCACACUCAGACGAGAACACCUCUAAAGAAGGUCAGGAAGGAAUCGAAUCUACCCCUCGCCCCAUCUCCGAAGCAAAACCUGCCCUCAAAAAGGGCAACCGACCCCAACUGCAGUCUGUUCAUCAUCAUAGUAAUAAUAACAAGACUCUCCCUGCUGCAAAGACUGACCGGGAGGGAGAUGAAGAUACUCCUUUAGAGGAGGAAGGAACGGAGAUGGAAUCCAUUCCUGGAGACGAACACGGACUCGGUGAUCUUGAAGAGCCGGGGACAGUUCGCACGUCGCUGAGAAACUCCUCGGAGGGUUUUGCAGAGGCUAAAACGGAAGAGAUGGCAGCCGAGCCUGCCGACGCUGAUGUGAAAAGCUUGAUCGCAGAAUCCCAUGCCUGCCCCCACUGCCCGACAGCUUUCCCCGCGAGUCAGGAUUUGGACAAGCACAUGAAAAAGCUGCACAGAGAAGAACGCGCCGAGAAACGCAGGACGAGGCCCGUGAGCUCGAGAAGGACUUCCUCACGAUCCAGACAGACGUCCCAGUCCCGGGCGCAAAAUCCGGAACCUGCCGACGCCGGCACGGACAAGAACCUCGGCAAACAUAGCUGCGCGGACUGCGGGGAACGUUUCCCCACCCCGAAAACCUUAAAAAAACACAGGGACACCCACCAGGAAGCUCAGUGUCAUCCGUGCAAGGAGUGCUCUAAGACUUUCAGAGACCCGGAGCUCCUUAAAAGGCACCGGCUGGUCCACGGAGAAACGGAGGCUGCUUACAAAGGCGUCCGGUCGGAGGGAUCGCGGGGGGAAGACCCGUUCGGUUUGGAAGCAAGCCGCUGGCGGAGGAAACACCGGUGUGCCAAAUGUGGGAAGCGUUUCCUCUACGCCGCCAACCUCAAGAAGCACCGUCUGCAGCAGCAUGAGGGGAAGCCGCUCCCCCACCAGUGCGGCGAGUGCGGCCGCGGUUUCAGAGAGCCGUCUCAUCUGAAGAUGCACCGGAAAAUCCACGGCGACGAGACUCCCGUCGCGUUCUGCUGCCCCGAUUGCGGCAAGGUUUUCAAAACCGCCAAACACCUGAAAAGGCAUCGGCUGGUUCACUCGGAAGACGCGCCUCCUUUCCAGUGCUCAGAGUGCGGGAAGAGGUUCCGGGAUCCGGAGCGUUUGCGGAGGCACCAGCGCGUGCACACGGGAGAGACGCCCUAUCCGUGCGACGGGUGCGGGAAGAGGUUCCGGUUUUCCGGAGAUCUCCGGAAGCACCAGAGGAUUCACACGGGGGCGAUGCCGUUCCAGUGUGCGGACUGCGGGAAGAGAUUCCGGGAAUCCAGCACCUUGAAAAAACACGAGCUGAUCCACAGCGGGGAGACUCCUUUCCAGUGCCCGGAUUGUGGGAAGAUGUUCAAUCAGGUCGGUAAUCUGAAACGGCACCAACAAAUCCAUGCCGGAUCAGCUCCUUACCAGUGCCCGGAGUGCCAGCGGUGCUUCAACCACGCGGAGAACUUAAAGAGGCACCGUCUGGUCCACGUGGGCGAGAACUUGCACCCCUGCCCCGAAUGCAACACCUCCUUCCGCAGCGCGGCGCACCUCAGCAAACACCAGGGGGAGCAGCACUCCGAAGGGCAGCAGCGGCGCCUCCGCGUCUGCGAGGACUGCGGUAAAAGCUUCAAGCGCGCUGGGGAUUACCACAAACACUGCCGGAUUCACACGGGCGAGAAGCCCUUCCCGUGUACGGAGUGCCAGAAGAGGUUCAACCACCUGGGGAACCUCAAGAAACACCUGCUGGUGCAUUCGGGGGAAACGCCCUUCGAGUGUCCGGACUGCGGGAAGAAGUUUAGCCAGAAGGGGAACAUGAAGAAACACAGGCGGACGCACAACGACAACCAAGACAAUGCCGGGAAGAGGAAGACGAAGAGGAAGAAGAAGAAAUAAUAAUCCUGCAACCGAGUUGUCAGAAAUCUCAUCAUGAAAACCAGGAUGGGAUCAUACUGCUGUGCAACGGGAGUCUUAACUUCCGCCCCUGCGAUUUUUGGAAAACCAGAACCCUCGCUAUCAUGAAAAAAGAACAAUGUCCGGAUCUAAACUUUCUGUUCUCACUUAUAUUCUUCUUCUCUUCUUCUAAUUAUGAAUGAGUCGUUUAGAAAAGCUACUUCCAGAGACUACGGGGGUGAACUCUGCAUCAUCAACAACUGCUGCUGCUGCUGCAGAGUCACUUCCAAUAGGAGCUCGUUUGUUUGACGUCUCGUCCGAAGGACGGAGCACAAGGAGGUUCAGUGACUUGCUCAGGGUCACACACACAGGGAGUCAGUGGCUGCUGCAGAGUCACUUCCAAUAGGAGCUUGUUUGUUUGACGUCUCGUCCGAAGGACGGAGCACAAGGAGGUUCAGUGACUUGCUCAGGGUCACACACACACAGGGAGUCAGUGGCUGCUGCAGAGUCACUUCCAAUAGGAGCUUGUUUGUUUGACGUCUCGUCUGAAGAUUUGGAUUUGGAUUUUACGAAUCGGUGAGGCCUCCUUAUAAAGAGAGGGAGGGGACCAGUGAUCAUGUUAAUAAAGCUAAUAAGAGGUGAGAGAAUGGAUUUUAAAGAUGGUCAGCGCUCCUUUUAAAGGGAGGGGCCAGUGACCAUGUUAAUAAAGCUAAUAAGAGGUGAGAGAAUGGAUUUUAAAGAUGGUCAGCGCUCCUUUUAAAGGGAGGGGCCAGUGAUCAUGUUAAUAAAUCUAAUGAGGUGAGAGAAUGGAUUUUAAAGAUGGUCAGCGCUCCUUUAAAGGGAGGGACCGGUGAUCAUGUUAAUAAAGCUAAUGAGAGGUGAGAGAAUGGAUUUUAAAGAUGGUCAGCGUUCCUUUAAAAGGGAGGGGCCAGUGAUCAUGUUAAUAAAGCUAAUAAGAGGUGAGAGAAUGGAUUUUAAAGUCUUGGUUAGUUCCAUAAAAGCAGGCCAGUGAUAAUGUGCCCAAUGAUAAUACAAGACAAGACCAUAGAUCUUCAUUAACACAACAUUUUUUUUAAUUUUUUUGCUCACAUUAAAAACUAGACUGGCUACACUUUCCAUUCUCUUUUAGACUGAAAGUGCAGAGAUGGGAAUCAGACUCCUAUCCCACAGCAGCGUCACCCAGUCCAGGUUUUACUACCAGCUUGAUCAGCCCCCAGUGUGUCUAGCUAACAAGCUCAGGUGAGUCUUAUUAUUAAACUCCUAGUGAAACCAGGACUGGAUCACACUGCUGUGCAACAGGAGUCUUAUUUCCAUCUCUGAAGCUCAGGUAUGUCAGGUUACAAGCUGAAGAUGUGUAGUUAUAACCAUAUCAGUUCUUUCUCCAGUAUGUGGAUUGUAUUUUUGUUAUCUCUGUGUGCAAUGUGUCUGUAUAGGAUAUUACUGCUGCUGUUUUCACAAUAUACCUAUUGAAGACUGAAAAUAAAAUACUACUACUACUAA